GUUUUUCCGAUGAAACAAGCAACAAGCAAAACGCCCGCAAGGCUACAAUUACGCCGUUGCCGACAUUCAAAAGCCUGCGGAAGAAACCGAAUGACGCCCCGAGCGCGUGCUCGCAAGCUGCGGUGCGCCUUGCAUCACCCACAGACGUGACGAGUCACGUGGUAGUCAGCGAGCGCCGCCAUUGGACCAGAGCUCGGCACCGCAGCGCCCCUGCACCGGUUUUCUCGCCUCUCCUCCACUUCCUCCUCGCCAGCGCGUCGUCUGCUCUGCAUGGCCGGCCCGCCUGCCAGCCCCGGCGUCUGCUCCGGUUUUCAUAUUCGCCGGUGGUUUUAGGCACGCGUAUUAGAGACCUCGAAAAUUUAGUGAAACUUAGUGAACCUUGACACUUCAAAAUCAGCGAUACCCAAGGCCCUGCCCGUGCGUUAGUGAAGCUAGAUUCCCAGCAAGGCUACUGCUACCGCUGCUGCUGCUCUUGGAACGCGUGUCAAGAUGGGCUCGUCGUCUGGCAUCUGGGUGUUCGGCUACGGAUCGCUCGUCUGGAACCCCGGGUUCGAGUUCGUGCGAAGUCAGAUCGGCUACAUCCGCGGCUACGACCGCAGGUUUUGGCAGGGCAACGACAAGCACCGUGGAACGCCGGAGAAGAUUGGACGGGUGGCGACUCUCGUCGAACGCGAAGAGGGCCAAGUGUGGGGCCGGGCCUUUCUGCUACGGGAGGACGACGCCAGUGCGCGGGACUCCCUGGGAUACCUCGACGAGCGAGAAGCCCAGCUGGGCGGCUACUCGGUCAGCUUCGUCCAGUUCAGGCCCAGGGACCCUCGCGAGGAACCUUUCCCCGCCCUCGUGUACAUCGCCACGGCCAACAACCCGCUCUACCUGGGACCGGCCAGCUCCGUCCAGCUGGCCGACGAGGUGAUGGCCGCCAGGGGUUUCUGCGGCGCCAACGCCGAGUACGUCCUCAAGCUGGCCCGCUUCAUGAGGGAAGAGGUCCCGGACUGCUGGGACGACCACCUGUUCACGCUCGAGUCCCUGCUGAAGACCAGGCUAAAGGACUCGUGGGAGAUGCUGCAGGAAAUGAGCGCCUACGAGCCUCCCAUGUCGGCUUGGGAACAGCUGCGACGGUUUUCCCUGUUUUCGGACAACGGCGAACAGGAGGAAAGAGACGUGGACGCCGAGGCUGGGCCCGCGGCGGUGGGCGGGACCAGCGACUUCGCGUCGAGCGUUCCUUCGAGGAAGCUCAGGUGCCUGGACAUGUGAACGGACAAUGUCCUUCUCUGCCGACACCGGUGACCAUCGAAACUACUCGUGGUCCGCUACACUUUGGAUGUCGAAGAUGAGUUGUCGUCAGGAACUGGAUAAAUAGAAGGCUAGCGGCGUGAAGGAACUAAAUUCUAUUUAUCUUUGUUUCUGGGGGAUGUAAGACACAACUGCCGUCUCUCGUUCGCCGUCCCAGUGAGAUGUAAUGUGUCCUGGACGUGAAGCAUUUGUGUCGGACCAAGGUCUGCUAUCGCGAAAGACUCGCGUUUACCGGUGCGGGACAUAACGGUGUGCUCUAAGCACGGUGCUGGUGGCCGCUUAGUCCUCAGCCCUUCGGCAAUUCAAUGGUCAGUGGCCCUUGUGGUAUACGUGCGUCAGAACAUGUGCCUGUUGGUAUUUAAUUGGUGAGAUCCACGAUCAACUCACUGACGCUCGCUAGUUACCGCGUACAUCAUCAGAACCAAAUUUUAAAAAGACUAAAAGCCUUCACAAACUUUGACUGCUCAGACCGUACUUUACGAGAUUUUUCUGCCAGUCCUUGUGAAUGCUCAGACCUUUUGGUCCAGUCUUUACAAGAAAUGCUAUCCGAACGCGUCAUUUCUUUGUGGCUCGCUGUUUGUGAGCGCCAAGUGACACUCAAUCAUUCCACUAGAAGACCAUCGUACUGCCGCACGUGCACUGUCACGUGCGAAGCAGCUGUUGCUAUGGUUACAUAGCACACACGUUACGCUGCUGUCCGGUACGUUGCUCUCGGCAGCUAGACGCUUGAGAUGCGUGUCAGGAAGUGUAGCUCUUUGCGUCAAAGAGUACGUCAGAGAUUUGGCUGUCUUGAACCACUCCAUUUCGCAGCAGGACGCUUGUUCAAGAAGCAAAAAGCUGAAAUCUCAAUAGGUUUCCUCCCCCCCCCUCUCUUUUAUUCUAAAUCGUUCACGUUGGUUGGCCUCACCGCAUUGCUGUCAUACCGAUAAUUUAUUCUGGGACGUGAACAGGCAAUCCGUGACCAAAGAUUACAUUGAAACCACACCAAUCAUCAUCGAGAAAGAGAGCGAGAUUAAUAAGAUAGGAAAUGUCUACCGACUGUUAAGUUAGUAAUCUGGUUUGCUACCCUGCGCUUGGCAAAGAUUCGUAAGGAUGAGAAGUCACAUCCAGAAGCAAUGUGAUGCCAAGCCGGGAUGCAGUUGACCACAGCCUCUUACCUUAGCCUGUCCCACAGAGUAAUAAUGGCCUACCAGGUUUUCAGUAACAGCAACGGGACUUCUAAAGGACGCAAUCUCGUUGUCAGGAGCCUAGAAAUGGAAUUUAACACUCAGAAAGCACGCUGCCUUACAGCCUUUUUGUGGUAAGAGAGAGCAGACAUCUUUGUUCACAGAAGAGGACACGGUGAAUGACGGGCGCAGGGACUGUGCGCUUUCACC